CAGCACCUAUGGAAGAUAUGACACGAAGGUCAAGGCCGGCCUGGCGACCUUGCUUGCCAAGGAGAAGUAGUCUGUAUAUUUCUUCUUGCUCUCCACUUCCGCUAACCGUCGGCUUCUCGAAGAAUCUCAAGUAGAGGGUAAGUGCCAUUAUUUGGGGAACACGCAAACAAAGCCAACGCCAUGGACGACACCUUCCAGUCCAUAGCGGAGGGUGAGCAGCCAUUGGGUGAUUCCGAGGUGGAGAUUCACGUAGAUGAGAUAGAAGACCCGUCGGACACAGACGAGUCUCACGCCGCCAGUGCCACCACGCUCCGGCUUGGAUCAGCGUGCAAUGCGAUAGCCACGGCCUUUUUCACGGUACUGUCGGCCGCCGUGGUCACUGGGCUCGUGUUUGUCUUCGUGCUCAAGCCGUCACAGCCGCCUAUUGCUAUGACUUCCGGCAUGAAAGCGGCGCCAGGAUCCGGAAUCGUCGGCCCAGACGAACAGGGUGAGACGUGGGAGACACUGGUGGCCCGUGGAGCCACGCUGGAGCCGGAGGCUUGGUCACCAUGGCCCGGUCCUUUUGCCAGUGACUACAGCGAGGACAAUGACAGCGAUGUUACAUCGUUCAAUAUGUCUAUGAUCGACGAAAUGGAAGGUGACCCUGAGAACUUCAUCUUGUCGGAUGGGAUAGACGCGAAAAACUUAGACGAAGUGGUCUAGUCAGACAAUGCCCUCGUUCAGUAGAUAAAAAGGCGCUUAGUGACUUGCUUGUCUACAUGUGUCGUUUGCGUCGCGCUUGGUCAGACAACAUCGUAUAUGAGUGGCAUUCACAGACCAUCAAGAUCAUCAGCUCAUCAAGUAUCGUCAGCUCGGUACUAGCACUCCAAUUUUACAUGUUUUGCCAAGGUCGCGUAUGUUACAACACGAGAAGAGCGACUACUGGCGUGUGAUGUAUUCCUCUAAUAAGGUUAUAAGCUUUUAAUGGAACUAGAUAUUUCCAUAACGAUUCUGCCCUUAUGACUGUGCACCGUUUGUAUGAAAAGGCUCAACUGCAGUAAUUUGAUACUUCAUCGACCUAGUGAACAGCUUCGGCCUAAACUACACACAUGGGCCUACAGGACAUCUAAA